CCAGUUCUUGAGUGAGGAGCGAGGCGUAUAGAACGGCGAGACGCGGUGCUGCCUGCUCGAGAGCUCCUUUCUAUCACUUCUCCGGGGGAAUACCAGAGGAAGAAUCGACUACCAUGGCAGCCGGGAAGGGAGUUCCAGACAGCACACCUGCAUAUCUGGGUGGCCUACUAGAUGCUGGGGAAGGUACCAUGGUGACUUUGGCGGCGGGGGAGACGCGGCUGGUGGCACACAGAACCGUCCUAGUUAACAGGAGCCCUGUGUUUGCUGCGAUGUUUCGGCACGACAUGGUGGAGUCAGGCAGUGGUCUGGUAGACAUAAGAGAUGUGGAUGGACCAGUGCUGAGAGAGCUACUGACAUUCAUGUAUACCUUACAUGCCCCCCAGCUGGCGAGCAUGGCUGCACAAUUACUAGUCGCUGCCAAUAAAUAUGGCGUGCUUAGCCUGAAGGCUCAGUGUGAGCAGCAGCUGGCCGCUGGAUUGGCUGUGGACAACGCGGCGGCCACAGCUGUUCUUGCUGUGCGUCACUGCUGCCCUGGCCUCAGCCAGACCGCCAUCUCCUACAUCAAGGGGCGCACGCAUGAAGUGAUGGCCACGCAGGGCUGGGCUGACGCAGUGCGCACCCAGCCAGAAGAUGUAAUAGAGGUCAGCAAGCUGCUCAUGGAGACACCAGAGUCCAGCGUGCCGGCCACCGCAGACUGCAGGCCCACCAGCACCAGCCACGGCACUCAGCCGCUCAGCGACCGCGGCCGCACUCCCACCGCAGCUGCCCACCAUACUCCCCCGCCACCUGACGACUCGGCCGUCUCCCGCCUGCGGUUGCUUUCUGAAGCAGAGAGAGGGAGGAGGCUGAUAGAAGCAGCCAAGGAGGGGGCGGUAGAGCAGCUGUGCAGGUUGCUGGCGGCAGGAGCGGACGUGGGGGUGAGGGACAGAGCGUGGUACAGCCGGACUGCCCUGCACUGGGCAGCAGUCUGGGGCCAUGUGGGGGCUGCCAGCUGCCUCAUAGGGGCCAGCGCGGAGGUCGACGCCAGGGGCAGGAGGCAGACGACACCCCUACACUUCGCUGCAGCAAAUGGCCACACGGCUUUGGUACAGGUGCUGCUGGAUGCAUCUGCUGACCCAAAUGGCAGAGAUGACUUGGGGCUCACGCCACUACACUUGGCGGCAAGGUGGGGCCAGACAGGGGUGGCGGUUGAACUGCUGCAGGCGGGAGCUGACAGUGUGGCCAGGGAUGGCGGGGGGAGGACCCCUCUGGACCUCGCCAUGCAGAACAACGAGCAGCAGCUAGUGGAAAUGCUGCAACAACACUGAUGUACAGCAUCACACAACACAUAAUUAGUUUUACCAUAUGUCUUAGUCUUAA